GCAAAGAACAUCCGCGUUGAUCCAGUAGGUAUACUGUUUGUGUACCAAAGCGAACCACGAUGAUUAAGCUGUUUCUCUUUACGUUGCUUUGCGUGGCGGUGUUCGCCGAUACACCAGCUGAUGACCUGAAUAAAGUGUGGACAGGACCUGCAGGUGCAGCGAUCGACACAGCUCAUUAUUUUAUGAGGGGUCAAUCUGGUAGUUCUUUAGUGCGACGUGCGGCACAAGAAGUAAGACCACCAGGAGGAGGACCACCAAGAGGACAACCAGGAGGAUCAUCAGGAGGAUCACCAGGAGGAGGAUCAUCAGGAGGAGGAGGAUCAAAUUGAAGCAACGCCUGAAAAAAAUAAAUUGUGGUCUCUUACGGAUAGGACGGUUACUGUAAAACGGACAAUGAUUAAACUACAUUCAGCACUGUAUCACAUGUUUUACUAAAUUAUUUACACGAGCUAAACCCCGAUGCAAUUUUAGGAUAAUAAAGCUUGAUAGUGCACCAA